GGUAAUCACCAAGAUGGCCGCAGAGCAUGUUUGAGUAGAGCUCCUUUGCCGGACGCCGAGCCCCCGUUGGCGUCGCUCGUAGAAGAAGAGAGCAGAGUCCAGGCGGUCACAUUAUUCCAUAUCUGCUUUUCUGCCCCCCUUUUCUUCUCAUCCCCUGUCUUCCCCUCCCUCAUCUCCCUUUCCAUUCGACCUCCACAGGCUCCUUUCCGCCCACCUCCCCCCCUCCCCUUUUCCUUUCAGCCGGCUGCCAGGGAAAUGUUAUCAGAAAACAAAGACUGUGCAACCGAGAGAGAGGAUACUAUAAUGGAUGUAGUAGAAAAUCAAGCUGAGGGUGAGGUCCAAGAAACUGCAAAAUCUCAAAAUCAGGAGGAGAGUGGCGAGACAGAUGAGAAGAAAGAGAGCACAACACCACCAAGAACUUUCAAGAGGAAGAUUUCUGUUAUUUCAGCUACAAAAGGGUCUGGUCAGCCUGCAUCUACCACAGGCAGUGACAAUGAAGGAACUCAUCCAGCUCGACGCAGGCGCUGGGGGGCCAGCACAGCCACCACUCAAAAGAAACCCUCAAUUAGUAUCUCUACUGAAUCCUUAAAGAGUCUUAUACCUGAAAUUAAAGAGAUAAAGCAAGAAGCGGUCGUAGAUCUUCAUGCUGAAGAUGCCCGUAUUUCAGAAGAUGAAAGUGAACGAAAUGGUGAUGACAACUCCCAUGAUAAAGGAUUGAAAAUAUGCAGGACUGUUACACAGGUGGUGCCUGCAGAAGUUCAAGAAAAUGGCCAGGAUGAGGAGGAAGAAGAUAAAGGGUCAGAGGAAGCUGCUGAGGUUCCAGACAAAGAACCUAUCCCUAUGGAGACAGAGGCACCACCUCCAAAUGAACAGGAAGUAAAAAAGGUUUUACCAGAAAGCCCAGCACAGGCAGAAGUCAGAGUUACAUUAGGCGAUACCUUACUAAGAAGAUCGGUCAGUCAGCAGAAGACAAGUGUUUCCAUUACAAUUGACGACCCCGUGCGCACAGCCACACAGCAGCCAUCACCACCAAGAAGAAAACCUAGCUGUAUAGUACACAUCUGCAAUCUGGUUCGUCCUUUCACCUUGGGACAGCUGAAAGAACUACUCUUUCGUACUGGUACCUUAGUAGAGGAGAACUUUUGGAUAGACAAAAUAAAGUCACAUUGUUAUGUCACGUAUUCUACAGUAGAUGAAGCCAUUGCGACAAGGAAUUCCCUACACGGAGUCAAGUGGCCACAGUCCAAUCCAAAAUUCUUAUCAGUAGACUUUGCAGAGCAAGAUGAGCUGGACUUCCACAGAGGACUUCUUGUAGAACGUCCCCAAGAACCCAAGCAAGAGGAGCCCCCCCAUCCACAUUCUCAUUCCCAUUCCCACAUUCCUCCAUUACGAGGUGAGCACAGGGAGCAUGAGCGGGGAGUCCGAGAACAGUGGGCAGAAAGAGAACGCGAGAUGGAGAGGAGGGAACGCACUCGUUCUGAAAGAGAAUGGGACAGAGAUAAAGUGCGGGAAGGGCCCAGAUCACGCUCCAGAGACAGGCGGCGUAAAGAGCAUGCCAAGUCCAAAGAAAAGAAAAAAUGAGAAAAAAGAGAAAGUGCAGGAAGAACCUCCAGCAAAACUCCUAGAUGACUUAUUCCACAAAACCAAAGCUGCCCCAUGUAUAUAUUGGCUACCCCUCACAGAUGACCAGGCUUUGAAAAAGGUUGCAGACAGGGCUGAAAGAGCAAAGGAAAGAGAGAAAAGGAGAAAAGAACUUGAAGAGCAAGAGGAAGAAGAGAGAAAAGAGCGGGCUAAAGAGAGGGAGAAAGAAGCAGAAAGAAACAGGGAACGAGCACGAGAGGCAGAGAGAGAGAAAAGGAGAGAGCACAGCCGGGAGCACCCUCGUGAAAGAGAACGUAGGGAUCCUAAAAGACAUAGUAGAAGUCGCAGCAGGAGUACACCAGUUAGAGAUAGGGGAGGGCGACGCUGA